GAUUCGCGGAAGUAUUGAAUAGUGAAACGUCACCAGCUGCCCCCCUUAUUGUUUUCAGUUUGAAACUUUCCAAAAGUUGGUACAUAGAGCUGAAAAGCAGGUCAUUAGAGCAUGUUAGAGAACUUCUUUUGAGUUUGCAGACGAAGCAUUUAAAUUAUGUUCAAGAAUUUCGGAAACUGGUUCGGAACUGACAACGAAAACGCAGAAGUUACAGAGAAAGACGAGUCUGCUGCUGAAGUCAAAGAUGAAAAUCAGGAGGUAAACAAACCGACUGCUGCUGCUGCCGCAGCGGCUUCUGAGAGUGAGCAUGCUGGAAAGGAGGAUGGUCAACCGGCCCAGAUACUCCAAAGGGCUAAAGGUUUCAGUGGUAAAUCUUAACACGUUAUUUAAAAUCUUUAAUAGUUGUAAACUAGUUAAAGUUAAGGAUAGUUUUGGAUAUUGAUAUGCUAACAUUUGUUGCAGGUUACAUCUAUAAUUUCGCCAGCAGUGCCUCAAAGAAACUCACAGAGUCCGUCGUUGAAACAGCACAAACCCUUAAGAAAAGUGUGGAGGAGGGGAAGAUGAAUGGUAUUAUUGAUAAGGUCGUGAACAAAUUAUUACUCCCUCUAUUUCCACUUUCUUAUAUUUGGCCCUUUUUACUGAUUCGUCAUCUUCUUUCUGCAGACCAUUUUAGGGGAUUUCCAGAAAGAACAAGAGAAAUUUGUUCAGGAGAAACAGGCCAAAAAGUCUGGUAAGUACUUCAAAGUUUUACUUAAGAACUUCACGCUUGUUGGUGAGACAACAGAAUCAAAAUCUGUGUGGGGGACAUGAAAUGUAAAAGUACGAAAACAUAAGAGGAAAAGAAUUUUAAGAACUUCACUGAAAUGAAAGAAAAAUGAAAAACCAAAAUAAAGAACUAAAUCAAAAGUAAUAAUGGCAUUUAUCCUCAGGUUACAGCUCUUUAAGGAGUAGUCAGAGGUUUAAGUUUCUCAUUUGAGAGCAGGAAUCUUUCCUCUUGGCUUUAGGACUGAAGAUGUGAAAACCAUAUUCUGAGAUAAUAUUUUUGUAAAACAGGAGAAUUUGUAAGUGAAUGACUUGGUGAUGUGUUUUGUGCCUCUAGGAUGACUUAUGGCCUCAAAAUUGUGAGAUAUUCUUAUGCAAAAUGAAUUGGCUCAGAAUGAAUACUUCUACUUUAAGGAUUUGAUCAAAGUAACCCUGCUUUGAUUUUACUUUUAUUGUUCAUUGCCAAGAUUUUGUUAAAAGAAAAACAAAAAACACCUAUCAGUACUGUGUAUUUUAUUUUCAUCCGAACACAUUGAAAGACCCUCAACACAUUAUCACAUCAGGCCUGGUUUGCGCUGAUUUUUCCAUUUCAAAGCAACAGAUCUUUUUGGCUUAUAGGAGAAACAAGUUGAGGAGUGCUCACUAAUUUCUCUUAGAGGCUGUUUACAGCCGAUGUUGACAUUCAUCCUCAGUGACAGGAUCACAUUUGGACAGCCUUAAUUACAGGUGUGAAUACACCUCACUGCAUUCUGAGAAUGUGAUGAGAUCCAAUCACUCACUGAUUUUUUCUAUUUUUCACGAUUUGACACAUGAUCUGUGUCCCCACGUGCUUUGGUUGACCCAACUGGCAUAUAGGACUCUUGAGCAAUUCAUCAUUACGAUAAUACAAAGUGGCAAAGUGGAUACAAAUGUUUUGAGGCGCUGCUGGCCUGGUGGUCCAAACAUGUAGCCUGCAUACAGAGGCUCAGCCUCAUGGAAGGAGCUCGGAUUCAGUUUUAGAUUGUGAAUCUUUUCCUGCAUGUUGUUCCUGCAGUAUACUCUCAGUAUAAUCCACAGUAUACAAAAGCCCCCACCCACCUCUAAAAUGAAAAAAAAAUAAAUAAAUAGAGAUGUUCAAUAAUGUGGAUUUGUGUGUUAAUUACACAGAUCAUUUGUCUGGCUUCACUUUUAUUAGAGACCCCAGCCUGCAAUUUAGUUUAGUUUCAGGCAUUACCAUACACUAACGUUGUAUCGCUCAUCAGCAGUUCACUCCAUGAUCACCCCCUCAUCUGUUUCUGCUUCUCCAUGUAUGAGUGCAGCUAUCUCCCUCCUCCCCUUGCACCACAGUUUUUAUGUAAUUUUAUGUUUUUUUAAAUCUCGUGAUAGUGAAUGAGGCUCUGUGUGUAUUUGCAUCUGACUCAUGAAUAAGUGAAAACUUUAACUUGAGAUCUGUCCACUCAUGUUCUAACCACCUUUGACACAUGAUCAUAUAAGGUAGAGUAACUUGUAUCAAGUUUUAAAGGAUCUCCUGAAAAUAAAUUAGAUUCUCUUUUGAUGAAUACCCAGAAUGCAUCACUUUGGGAAACAAAGGCUGCUCUGUUUUGUUGUUUGGCCAAUCAUAUCACGAACCUCAUCCCUGGUCUCUUUUUUUUAAACAAUAUUUUCUUAUGAGCCUGGGUUGGGCGUAGUUUUUAUACUAUACUGCAGUAAUUAAAUUAAAUCAAGUAAAUCAAUUUGCAUCUCUUUUUCAGUUUGUUUGCAUGAUAUUUAAUGUACUGUAAGUUUAUUUCAUUGCAAAUCAGUAACUGCAGGCUUAUUGUUUCCAGGUGCUGCUGUGCCUCCCUGGGUUGGUUAUAAUGAAGAAGAAACUAUACAGCAGCAGAUUCUGUCUCUUUCAGCUGUGUGUAUUCCUCCUCAUAAAACGAUUUCUUUGUGGUAGAAAAAAAAAAGAGAAAUCCUGCAACAGUAUUCUUUCUUUUUAUCGCUUCAUUUGUUGACAGGACAAAAGGAAUUUUUUGCGAGAUCCUCCUGCUGGUGUGCAAUUUCACUUUGACUGUGAACAAAUGUAUCCCGUUGCCAUGGUGAUGUUGGAGGAAGAUGAGCUCCUUCGGAAGAUGCGCUUCCAUCUGGUCCCCAAACAGUGAGUGUGUUUUGACACACACAUAAUACUUUAUCUGGUCCCUUUUUGUCAUGUGCAUCCCUGCAUAGGAGUUGGUUUAUUAUGAAUAAAAUAUUUAUUAUUCUAUUCUGAGCCAACUCUUCCUCUGUUUUGUUUAUUUCAGGGUGAAGGAGGAGGUCUUCUGGAAGAAUUACUUUUACCGCGUGUCCCUAAUAAAACAGUCCGCUCAGCUCACAGCUCUCGCAGCACAACAGGCGGCAGAGCGGAGAGGCGUGGAGAAAACUGGCACCAGUCCUGAGGGGGUCCAACAAAAGGGUAUGAGUGCUUCGUGGUGUACUAAAAAAGAAUGAAAUUAUUUGAAUUCACUGCAUCUCACACUGAACUCCCUCAAAAAUAACACUGCAAACAGAGGGGACGGGCUUUGCCAAAUACUGCAUGGUUGUAUUUCUACUACAGUAAGAGUACCUGGAACAUCUAACUUUAACUUUAUUUUCCCCAUGUACAUUUGACUUGCAGCAAGGAAAAGUGAAAACACUUGCAAAACUAUGGCAAAUUAAUUUGCUGACAUGAAAAGCUACAGCUGUUGGAACAUGCCAUUUUCAUGCAUGACUAAAAAUGAUGAAACAAAAAUACUCCCAGUUAAAGCUCCUGUAAGGAACUUUAGGUAUGUAUCGACUUAAGCCGAUGGUGAAACAGACUUUGUUCAUUUUUUUUCCUACAUAUUUAAGUCAUGUCUCCUGACAUGAACCUUAUCCUGCUGAUUUGUCAGAUAUUGCGAUUAUUUGAUGUAGAAACGUUUAAAACAAGCAGCUAAUAUGCUCCCACCUAACCCCUUGUGCCAGCUACAGGCAUGAAAAAUUACACUUUUAAAAAUUGGUAAAUCUCAUCACCUAUGGUGUUGUCUGUUUUCUUAUCCCAUAAGAAGGCAAUAAAAUAAUUUUCAGUCUAUUUCAUUAGUGUCUUAAAUUCAUCACAGGAGCUUUAAUAAAAGUCAGAAAGGUUUUGGACUGCAGUGCACUGAUAGCCUAGUGGGGUUAAGUGCCUAUCUGAUAAAGGCAAAAAAGCCCUAAAAUGGAACUUAAAAUUAAGUAAAGGUGUUUGGUAAAGAGAUCAGCUAAUGGGGCUGUGUUAAUGUCCUGCCCUUUCUGCUUACCAAAACUUAAAAAACAAACCAUAUCUUACUUAAUUAAACUUACAAAUAAAACACAGAAGGGCCAUCAGGUUCAUAUGGUCCACAGCAGAAAAGAUUCUUGCACAGGAUCAAAGCAGAGACUCGCAGUUAUGGACGGUUCACCUGCUGUAAAUUUUCAUCAUGUUUUCUCUAGCUGUUCCCUCUCAACUUUGCUAAUCUGGUGCUGCCGGAGCUGCAUUUGUCAACAAAGCUGGUGGUUGUGGUGUUAUACCUAAUUCUAUAGCAAUGUGCUGCUAAUUUUUACUAAAAAUGAUCACUUCUACAAUAAUCAGCAGAGUAAGAACUUACCAUAGCAACACAAAAUGUGCUUAUAAAAAUGUUGUAUUACUUUUGUUUCUAUAGUUUGGCUAUCACAAAGUUGCUGUAGCUCCAUCUGUAGACACAUAGCUUUGGAACUGGAGGGUCACCAGUUCAGUCUCAGUACAGACCAAAUUACGUGAAUGGGACUUGUUCUUGGAGAGGGGCUCUUAAUCAAGGCAUUUUGUGUGCAGUCUCCUCACUCUGUUAUCUUUCCAUUUUUACAUGUCCAUUGGAUCAUGUUUGUGUUAUUUCUGUCCUAUUAGUGUUUCAUGUUUAGUGACUGAUAGGGAUUUAGAGAUUAAUAAAGCAUUUCUCCUUUGUCCAAAAAUGUUUUACACAGAUGCUGUGAAACAGAAAACUCAAACCAGCAGCCGUAAGAACAAACCAAAGCAGAGCGAGGUGAGCAGCUGUUUUUUGUUUCUUUCUCAACAAAACACAACAAAGAAAUAAAGAGGGAUCACCAUGAAUGAGCGAGAGUCUGACCUCCUUCUGUUUCUGUUUUUUAAAGGAUGAAGAGGAGAUCUCCACCAGCCCGCCUGUGUCUGAAUUUGUGAGCGAUGCUUUUGACUCAUGCAACAUUAAUGAGGACGACCUUCGUAAAGAAAUGGAACAGCUGGUUCUCGACAAGAGGGAACAUCCAGACACACAACAGGGUGAGUGUUUCUGUCGAGCUGGUUUGUGAUAUAAUUUAAGAGGUUAUCAGAGUUCAACGUGUGACUCUGUUCAUGUUUUUUUUUUCAGAGGAGACUCCUGACUGGGAGCGAGAGCUGCAGGAGGAGCUGCAGGAGUAUGACGUGCUGCCUGAUAACGAGAAGCAUGACGAGAACUGGGACAGGGAGAUUGAGGAGAUGCUAAAGGAGGACAGUUAGAGCGCUCACUCACACUCCAGCAGCUUUAAUGUUUUAGGAUCACCUUUAAGGUCAGAAACCUAGAUGACUGACUCCUAGAUUUAAUACUCCCGGUGGCUUCUUUCCUCUCAGUAUCACUCCCCUGAGAUCUCUGCAGAUGGAGGAAUAACACUGAACCUCAUCAACAUUUCAUUGUACUAUUUCUGUGGCCUUGAUAGUUCCUUUGGUUUUAGGCAUAAAUAUUUAGCUUUGUCUCCUGAGUUCUGAUAAAACAGAAAUAUCCUGCACACAGCCACUCAGAAAAUUGAGUUUUUCUCAGAUUAUACUUCAGGAAUGAAGUUUAGGCGAUAACUUCUGAUGAACAGUGACCAUUUUUGCCACAGUUGAUGAUUUUAGGACAGUGGCUGAUGCUAAAAACAUGAACUUGAAGCAGAAAAGUACCAAAAGCAAAGCUCAGAUUCAAAAAGAGUUAGGGUGCUGUGUAAACUGGAAUAAAUAUGAUAGCUUACCAGACAUGUUUGGAUAAAUUUAUUGACAACAGUUUAAAGAAAUUAUAUUUUAAAACGUGAUGUACCUGUUAAUAUACACUCACACAGUGUAUUACAUACCUGCUCGUUUGUUAGUGUUUACACAGCAUCUGAACUAUUUUUGACUUGAGGUCGUAGUUUAGAGCCUCAGGUUCAGCAAUUUGACUCUAAUGUCUGUUACGGACUUCAAGAUUGCUUCCUUUUGCUAGUUAUAGCACCAUGAAGCUACUGUAAUAUCAGACCAAAAUAAGACAAUGGUGCAUGUCAUGUCUCCAAAGCAUCAUUCGUAAGUGUAUAAUAAUUGUUCAUUUGUAAGACAAAAAACCAUCUCAACAGCUUAGAGAUGCUCUCAGCAGCUCUGCUGCGGUUUCACAGAUUGCAGGACUCCCUGUAGUUACCAGUUACUGGAGUUGCUCCCUCAUCGUUGAUGGUUAGGGUUAAGUAGCUUCUCAGGCUGAUGUUACAGCUGAGCUGCUAACUGUCAUUAUUUCUCUUCUCUAAAGACCAGUCUGAGAGCGAGACAUGAACAUUUUUGCCACAGUCAAACAGGCAGAGGUGCGAUAAGAUGGAUUACGUUGCUUGAUUUUAUAUAACGUGAUCAGCUCGUCCUUACAGUUGCUUUUGUUGUCAUGAAUCUCAAGCUUUUAACACAGCCAGGUAAUUAUUAUCACGGAAGACAGUCAAAAUCAUUUAAUCAUUAUUAAUCUUUUGUGUCUUUUUGAGGUAAUAUGUUGUUUUAACUGAGAAAAACAAACAUCAUGAUGUGCUGGUUGCCUUCCAGAGUUCUUUAAUCAAGAGUCAUAGGUUUGUUUUUGUCUGUUACACAGCAUAUAAAGACUGAGACCCUUAGCUACCUUCACUUCCCAGAAAUAACUGCUUCACUUCUCAAAUAUGGAGAUAUAAAUGUUCAGGUAUACAUCUUUGAAGCUGCAAUUAUGUAAAUGGGGUUGACCAGUUUUAUCUGAAGGAAGGAAAAUGCAAUGUCUUGUUUACAAAAGUUACAAAAUGUUACAUAAAAGAUUCAUUCUAGGAGAUAAAAAUUAAAUCAUGAUUUCUGGCAUAUCCUCCUUGAAACUUCAAAGUGAUUUAAGAUGUACAGCCUGACUAACUAAAUCAAAGGCUCAUAAUGAUCCCUAAAAUCAGAGUCUGCUGCAGGGAAAUCAUGUAAUUUUUCAGCUAUUCUAUAUUUCUAUGAUAUUUUUAAAUUUUUGAGCCAACUCCAUUUUUCUUCGACAAUAUUAUUAUGGAUGUGUUGGUUGUCAGAAAGAUGUGAUAUUUCCAUGAAUGCUGCCUUAUUGUUUGUUUAUUAAUGCACAGUCUGCUGUAUGUACCUCAGUACAUGGAGCCCUGUGUGUUUUAUUGGACUGACAAAAACUAGUGACUGCACACAAACAUUGACAAGCACAGAUACUCUCUACUGUAGAUUUUGACUCUGUGUACUCAGAGUAAACAUGUCCGUCCAAACAAGCAUAUUUUCAGCCUGUUCAGGUAAACAGAACCAAAGUCCAGUGUCUUUUUUAUUUUUACUGAGUGUGUUUACAGUCUUUAGUCAGUUUGGUCAAUCCUGACAUCAAUAUUUCUGUCGUGUCUCAAAUUUAUCCAAAUGUUUUCAUCAAAGGAUGUGUAUGGAUGUUUUUUAUAUAUAUGUAUAAAGAUACAAAUAUUAAAUAAUUCCCUCUGCUCA